AUGUCAGAGCCUGCCGCGACGGCGAGCCCCGUGAAGGCCUCCGCCGGCGGCCUGGUGGAGAAUGUCGACGUCGUGUCCGUCGAGAUGCCUGCUCCGCCGGGGUGGAAGAAGAAGGUAACCUGUCGGUGGCGGUGCUCGGCGUUUGCCCGAGCGAGUCCCGGUCUGCGUUUCAUGCUCUUCCUAGCUCUCAGCUGCUUCGUGUCGUGUCGUGUCGUGUCGUGUCGUGUCGUGUCGAGAGGUGUCGUCGAGCGAAUUGUUGUCUCUCGCUUGCGAAUUUCGUGGACUCGGGGCAUUCGUUCCUGGGGUCUGAUUUCGCUAGGGUUUUGUUUUCCUGUGGUCGGUAUUUUUUUUGUUCCCUGACCUGGAACUCAAUGGCGGCUCAGUUGGUCCUAGGGCUUGAUAGCCUUCCUGGUCUCGUAUACUGACCGCCAAGGUUACGGAAAUUGUUACCUCUGCUCUUCAGUAUUAUCCGUUUCGGCAGAGACAGUCGCCCCGUUCGCCAGGAGGGGGCGGGCGGGGAACAAGGCUCCGUGUGUGGUGUUCUACCUCGCCGUUUCGCUCUGUCUUAGUUACUUGUUGACCACCGACCAUGAAAUAUGUCUCUUCGUAGGUGCAUACUUUUAGGGUGGUCUCCUUUUGGCUACCCUUUUGUCCAGCAGCUCGUUUUUUUUUCAUGGUUUUUAAUGCCAUUCUAAAGCCCGCCGUCAUUUUUUAAGUAAUAAUCCGUGAUAAUUAUUUUCGUGCCGUUGACUCAUUUUCUCAUGCUAUGUCAGAAUUCUUUUCAUUCAAAGUAUUAUUUAUGGGCUUUAAGAUAAAAGUACCGGAAUGUCGUUAUUAGGAGUUUUUUUUCUCUUCGGGAUGUUUCCAUAACGGGCAGUCUAAUUUAAUCAAUAUGCAUCAUAACUAGCAUUCUUAUUUAGUUCAGUUGUUACUUUAAUAGGUAAAAUUUAAUAUUCUGGUUGGAAACAUCAAAUGUUCUCUUCAUUGUGGUGAUAUCCUUUUGUUCUGCUUUCCAGUGGCAAGUCUCUGAUUAUGCAUUUUCUUUUUCCUUUUGGGUACAUUUAGAAAGCAUUUAAUUUUAACUUUGUCAGUAGUCCUUGCAGAACUUCAUCAUAUAUUUCCGCUGAAACUAUAUAUUCGAUUAGACUGGUUUAAUUAAUUACCAAUUUUUGUUACAAUAUUUGAUCCUCAACUUCGGUCUGCUGUUAUUCCCCGUUUUCUAAAAUGUGGCAAGUCAGAUUCAGAUCUGAAAAAUUUCAGCAUCUUCCAGUUGUUUAUUUCACCUUACAAAAGAGUCUUGAUUUCAUCUCGGGUCCAAUCCACACCUUUCACUGGGCAAUUUUAUUAUUUAGAAUUACAAUUGAUGGAUGGCUGAUUUUUAAGUUUCUGGUUGCAGAAAUCGUCAGAAAUAAGAAAUAAACGAUUUUUUUCUGCGAAGAAUUGAAGUGUUGACCUUUUUUUCCAAUGUUGUGCGAAUUCAAACUAUCAAAAUAAUAAAGGAGAAAUGCAAAUGAAACAUCUUUUUCGUUCUUGUUCUAUGAUUUUGAUAUUUAAUACGGAGAAUUCAACUAUCUAGUACACCCAUGGACAUUUUCCAUGGAAACGUUUUAUUUUUGGGACACAUUUUGUCUUUUGUUGUCCAUACGUUUCCAUAUAUUUGUAUGAGACCCAUCUUUCUACAUUCUUUAUCUGAUCUUUCGAAAUUCUUUGUUAUAUAGUUUCUUUGUUACGGCAUCUUUGGAAAAGCUUACGCUUAGCGUUAGAGCAGAUUUUUUUCUCAGUUCCAUCCUUUCGUUAUGCUCUACCUGUGAUGAUCCCCUUUUCUUUCAUCGUUCUUUAUUUGGAAUUGUUUCAAUCAUAUACUUUUCAACUAUUACCCCAUCUUACUUCCAUUCUUUUAAUUUCUGCAAUCUCUGGUGAUCUGCUUCUCUUAAAUGAUUCUCAUCUUUAAAAUCUUUUCCUCACAUCCGUUCCAACUUACAUGUUGAUAUAUUCAUUAGAUCCCAUGAAAAUCUAAAGUAAAUUUCCGUCCUAUUGAUCACAGCUUUCCAAAUUCAUGAUAAGCACUUGAACCACUUUAUUGCCAGAUGAUUUUUUUAUCUGUUGUCGUAUCUCACUCUCCCACUCUUGCUCUAAUGCAACGGUGAUCCAAGUAUCAUAUAUGUCUGGUGCAGUAUUUCGACCUUCCACCCUCACUGUUACUUAUCUGUAAUUCAAUGCCUUUCAAUAUUUGUGUACUUAACAUGUACCUGAAGAUUCUGAAACUGGCAACAACUUCAACAUUUUGUUUACAAUUCUUCCUAUUUCAUUGUUAUCUUGUAUCUACAUUUUUGUUAACAAAUUGCAAUAUAAUCGAAAUUCCGAUUAUGUUUAUGCACAACCGCUGCUGAGAAGUGAAAAAUAUGAUAGGAAUCCUGGUUUGAGAUUGAAAUAUUAUAAGUUUUUAGAGGGACUCUUUUCUAAUUGAGUUCAAUCGAGUCUUUAAGUUGCAAUACUUUUUCAUAUGAGCUUGCAAAACACCGGACAUUCCUAUGAAUUAUUGGCAUGAACUUGCCAGUGGAUAUUUUCCAUAUCCUUAAUAUAUUUGUACGAGAAUAUAAGUUCCUAUUGUAUUUAUUGUGGCAAUGUGCUCACAAUUGAAAACAUGAAAGGAUCUGUGUUUGCAGCUUGCUUUCCCACUUCAGAGAACUCUUUCUAUUUCCAGUGUGUAAGCAGUGGUGUUGUUCUUCUGACUUUUUUGGACUGCAGAUGUAAUAUAAUUUUUUAUUUAAUAAUUACCGCGAAUUUUAUAAAUAUUUUCGUAACCUUUGAUGUUUAGAUCAAAAUAGGUAAGUUUCGCGUUUUCUAAUAAAGCAGCAGAUCUUCAGAUCUAAAGUAUCCAGUGUUCUUCAAAGUUUAAUAUCUGAGGUCAGUUUCUGCUGAGGCUGUCAUCCAUGAUGUCAAUUCGGCAGACAUGAUCUCGCAUAUCAAUGUGAACACUGAUUAUGCCAUGACUUAUAAUGCUUACGAUAGGGUCGAGAAUUGUUUUUGCGUGGACUGUGUCCAAAAAUAUAAGGUGGAGAGGUCCACUGAAUUUUGAUGGUAAUUUGGCUUAUCUAUGACCAAUUUCAACCAUGUCCUAGUUGUCUUUGUUUAAUUACUUUGUGCAUUACUGCAGGCUCAUGGCCUGGUAUGGUUGGGACGCAAUCACCUGUGUUUGGGUCUAGUAAGAUGAUUAUGAAUAAUCAUCUGCGACGAUCAGGUGUUUUGCCAAUGAAAUAAUGAUGUAUGUUAUUUGAUAAUUUCGUUUAUCUUUAAUGAUCUUAGCGAUGACAACUGUUUAGGAUGGAAGAUUUUCUUUUCAUCUUUUUAUACAAUGACCUCAGAGUCAGUGUUGUCGUUUUUGUUUUUUCCAUAAUGAGGCUGAAUGAGCUAUGCAUUCAGUUUUUCUAACUCUUAGCCCUCAGGGUUCCUAUCCUUUGAAACCAACCACUUAUAUCCCUUUGGCAUAUCGAUGUGCAGGUCCUGCACCGCAAUCACAUAACACUUGAACUUUUGUGGCAUUUUAAACUUAUACGCUUACCUAAUUUCUUGCAUCAGAAAAAAUCCUCAUCUUCUAUUAUAUGUCGAUGCCAUUCCCUAUGAGAUAUCUCCCAUGAGAUCUGUGCAAUGAAGGCUGGGGGUCUUUAUCAACUUUUGUCUCACAUUCUUGUGUUCUAAUACUUAUGAUACAACCUGUAUGAUGUAUCAUUUUCCAGUAUCUCCAAGAGAAAUAUUCAUCAACUGUAAUAUGUAGCCGUGACUAUGAAACUAAUUUGAUCCAUUCACUUUGUGAUAGAAGAUCUGCUGAUCAAAAAUAUGCCAGACAGUUGACCAAGAAGAACGAAUUGUGCUUGUUGUACUAUCAUGCUUCUGCAUUGUGGUAUUUCAGGACCAAAGAGGUUAGUCUGUGUGCUCUAGCGUAUGGUUCUUGUGUUUGACUGAUUGGCAUUCCUCUAUUACUCGCACUAAUUGGGGGAAGAUUUUUCUAAGAAUGGAACAGCAUGAAAAAGCCUUCUUCCUUGUUGUUGUGAAUAAUGCUGCGCCAUCCCUUACCCCCAUAUCAGUUUAUUAAAGAGAACUAUGAUGUUAUGGAGAUCUCAGGACAGAUUCCAUCAAAUGAUGCUGAACACAGUAUCAGGCAGAAAAAAUUGCUACGUCAAUGUCUUAUAAAAUGCCACUGCUGGUCACGAGACGAUGUAAUAGAGGCAGACUCCACCUUUCUAAGAAGCCUAGGCCAAACAAGGGUUGGUGCGGCCAAAAAAAAAGAACUGAAGCCAUGGCUGAGUUGAAAUAGGACCCGACCAUCCCUCACACUGGCAGUGAUCAGCUUGAGAAAAACACUGUUUAUGACAGUGCAUAAAGGCUAGAGAAGACAUCUAGCCUGAAUGGUUACUUGGGGAAGAAAAAGAGGGAAGUAGUGACGAGAUUCUGAAUGGAGGUUGUUUUGGAAUGCGAGUGGCGCGGAAGUAAAGGUUGUAACUUAAUGUACUUCGUUUAAUUCUUUAUGCCAAGUUGAUGAAUAAGUUUGCUUGUUUAUGGUUUCUCUUUAGAGAGGUGUCGAGGAUUUCCGCUUGUAUUUUCAGUGGUUAUUUCAACCUAUCCUUCUUCUGAGAAAAGGGAGGUUGGACAGCGGUAAAGGAUUCUAUUUUGUCUUAGAGCUAAGAAAUUAUUUCAAAGCAUUUCUAAGAAAAUUGUUCAUGUAGGAGUUGACGGACUCAGAAAAUUAAAGGUCACUGAUUUACAUAUUUGAUUAAGUUGAAGCAGUUAUAUCCUUUAUUCAAUUAGAUCUUUAAACUGGUUGUAAGAUGUUUCUAUUGGAAGUUGUAGAGCUCUAAUUGUCACCGUCAACCUGACCACUUGAUGGUGAUUACUGGUCAUAUACUCGGGUUGAGCUACGUCAUGAAUGAUUAGCGUGGAAAGAGGACAAUGUGAGGAAAUUAUAAGUUGAACUAGUGAACACCUACCCAAGUAGGGCUGGUCAGAUCUGUUGAAUUAACAAGGUUUCCUAGGUUAUGGCAUUAGUCAGAAAAUGAGGUUGUCUCUUGUGGAGUAGAUUCUAUUUGGGGUCUCACAUUAGGAGCCCACCACAAGCCAUGAUUAACGUUUCACUGCCGUUACUUUGCUGUACUUGUUCCAUGUUAUGGUCACUGAGUGUUCUGCCAGGUAGAACUGUUUCUUGUUCCUAUUAGGAGAUCUAGCUGGCUGUUGCUGUGUUGAUGUAGAAGAGAUACACAUGCACGCUCAACUAAUAUUAUCCCGCUUUGGUGAAUUGAAUCCGCUUGUGCCUAACCGUAAACUUUCAUUUUGGUAUCCUGGCUCAAUUAGCGAAAAUAUUAAUUUCGAGACUGUUCGUGGUACUGGUGAAUUUGAUUAUUGGCGGUUAGAACUGAGGUUCAGAUCAGGGCCGCGGGGUUCCAUGAGAAAUCAUUGGAUCCAGUCUUUAAAUUGCGUUUGGAUCAUUGCAAUUAUUGUCUUAUGAUGACACUCGUCAGGAACCCCAGGAAUCUCAAGAACACUGAAAAUGCUGAAAGAAAUAGAAGCUGAUACUGUGUUUACACGGGUGGGCUCCAAAAUCUGUGCAAUCAAGAGUAGUGAUAUUCUCAUGUUAUGGAAUAAAAAGUAAACUUGUGGAUUCCGUGGCAAGAAAGGGACUGUUAUCAUGGAAAAAAUCUGAUCCCUUAGAGCAGAAUAAAAAAACAGAUUAUUUUUUAAAACUAAAUCUGCAAGGGAGAUGCAUGGCUACGACAUCAAUUAUGGUGCUAGAAAAAGGAGUUCCUCGUCUUAUACAGGUGGGACUUUCACUAUAUGAGCCUAUUUCACUGGCCAGGUUGCUAAAUCAGCCUUGGAGGAUAUGGCAGUCAUUGCUAAUGUUUAUGUAAAAUAUUAAUGUUCACAAUGUUGAAUAAUGUUGGAACUUGGGAGAGGCUAUGGUGUAGUCAUCGUUUUUAACGGUUUUCUAAUUUGGUGUGGCUUGUGUGAAAGUCGGGUCUUUUUUCACUGAUUGAUGCAUAGUUAGAGCAUUUUACAGGGUAAAUUUUUGGAGGAAUGUGAGCAUGUCAAGUCGGUAAAACUCAAAACCUCGGCAGCACACGUCUGGAUUGGCUUUUCACUGCCCAGGCCUAGUUUGAUCUCAAGGUCAUGGGAUCAAACCUCAGAGGUACACCCACCUCAGUUCCUCAUGGAUUAUUUGUGCAGCCCUCCCCCGGCUGCCAUGUGGCACAAUGGGGAAUCGGACUCGACCAUGCCCUAAAUCAUGACUGGUUGGUCCGGUUUGAGUUGACGCAAGAUCCCCCCGGUGGCUGCCCUUGAACGCCCUCAUGAGUUUUUUUUUUUUUUUUUUUUAAUAUCGCAAAAAGGAAACUAGAGUUGAGAAAUAUGGUGUGGGCUGUCCUACAUAAUGGGAAAGAAAUCUGAUGUAACAUAUCGGGUGUGGAGUAGCUGAAGUGUGUGCUGCUACCUAAUGUCCUUUAUUGACAACAAAUCAUCUAAAAUAGUCAUAUGGGAGGAGGUUAGGCUUGCCAAAUGGCCCCGCACUUGUUGGCAUUUCCUGAUUAAUGAGAAGAUGAUAGUGGCAAAUUACAAUUGACUUUUCGAAGCCUCUGUUUUUAGACGCAUCUUCUGGUAAGGUGGUGACAUGGUCCUCCUCAGGAGUCAUUAUGUGUAUGAACCCUCCUCCAUCUGUUGGCCUAACUCCCCAACUUACACAAUCGCCGGCAUUGCUUGCAACUUGUCUCCCCACCAGUUGCAUGAUAUAAUAACGCCUCGUUUUUUCCGUCUGGAUUUAAUGAUGAUGUACGUGUUUAAAUCUUUUUUAUCCUUACAUUUGGUCCCCGCAUUUGACGAGUGAAAGUCCCAGACAGAACAUGAUCGAUCACCACUGCAAGUUCCAUGUAAGGUUUAAGCGCAAUUUCAUUUCAUUGCUCUUCAGCUGGGGUAUUGCUCUAUCCUUGUACUAUUCUUUGGGCGGUGUGACGAUAUACUUUUUGAUUAAGAAAUGUGUGCAGCAGUCUGAGGUUCGUACGUGCAUUUUUUUUUGUUAUUAUUAAAAAAAAUUAUCAUAUUCCUCCUCGUAGCCUUGAUCUUGGGCCUGUUUAGAAUUCCGGUACUGAAACCCAAUGUGUUUGGUCAGCACAGAUCGUCUCCCCCAGCUGACGCGAACUCGGGUCUAUCUUCUCAUCCGGGGCCCUUGUGUAAGUAAUGCUGGUGUUGCUUCAUCUUGCUCGCAGUUCAUUCCAAAGAAGGGGGGAAGCCCAAGACGAAACGAGAUCGUCUUCAUUGCACCGACUGGUGAGGAAAUCAAGAACAAGAGGCAACUGGACGCCUAUCUCAAGUCCCACCCUGGGGGCCCUUCCUCAUCCUCCUUCGAUUGGAGCACUGGUUAGUCGAAUUGCCCCCCUCAGACGGCAAUGUUAGUAGUCUUAGUAGUGAUGAUUAGAAGAAGGAGAAGAGGGGGAAUGGGACGUUCACACACGUGUUUUCAUGGUUGUCAACGUUUUGACUUUCCAUUUGGGGCAGGUGAUACGCCGAGGCGUUCUGCGAGAAUCAGUGAGAGGUCAAAGGGUGCGGAGACUCCAGAGGAAGAACCACCGAAGAAGAGAGGAAGGAAAUCCGGGACAAAGAAAGGCGAGGAGGCCCCCCCGGCAGAAGAAGCCAAGGAAGAGGAUGGCGAUUCGGAGAUGAAAUUAGCCGCAGGAAGAGAAGAGGACGGCAAAGCUCCAGCAGACGCAGAGGAGGGCGCUGCAGCAGCCGCAGCAGCUGAGGUAGAAAAGGCCGCGGCCGUGAAAAGGGUGGAGAAUGGGUUAGACGAGGCCGGAGAAGGGCGGAUUGAGAACCCGGAGAAGGACAAGGAAGCUACUGCUCCUGCUUCUACUGCUGCGGAUGAAGAGGAGCACCCCAAAGUGGAAGGCACCACCCAGCCCCCGAAGGAGCCCAAGGAGGGCCAGCCCCAUGAGGAAGAAGAAAGCCGUGAGAACGGCGAGCCGGCAGCGGGCGGGGACACCAAGGGCCCGGUGGAACCCCAAGUAACAGGGGAGGCCUCCCAUGCGGCGGAGGAUAACGCCACCGACAACGGCGGCCGCCGCACUGAAUAA